GAAAAACAGGAAGAUAGUCAUCUGUUGUCAGAGCCUCACUGGAAAAAAAAAAUGGCCAAGAAAGACAAGAAGACCAAAGAGGCCAAGAAGGCUCGUGCGGCAGAAAAGCAGAAGAAAAAUACCGCUAAAUCUGACUCAAAGCUGAAGAAAUUGGCUAAGAAGUUGGGCGAAGAAGAAGAUGAUCAGGACAUCGAUGCUAUCUUGGAACAGUAUGCCAAGGAACAGGCUGAGUUCACUGCGAUCAAUGUCGCUAUUUCUAACAAACCGUCUAGGCGUCUCAACCCAAGUUUGGUUGCGUCGCCCCUCCAGGGAAAAAGAGAAUUGAUUCUUUUUGGUGGAGAGUUCACCGCAGGUGGACAGUCCAAAUUUUACAAUGAGCUUUAUACGUACUCGAUCGAGAACAACACGUGGAGACAGAUUUCAUCGAAAAAUUCGCCUCUUCCUCGCUCGUCACAUGCAAUGUGUGCUCAUCCAUCAGGUAUUAUAUUGAUGUUUGGGGGUGAGUUUUCUUCUCCAAAACAAUCUACUUUUUACCACUAUGGAGACACAUGGGUUCUUGAUGCUGACACCAAAGAAUGGGACAAAAUUGACCAGAAGAGAGGACCGCUGCCCAGAUCUGGUCACAGAAUGUGUGCAUGGAAAAACUUUAUUAUUAUGCAUGGGGGGUUUCGAGACUUGGGGGCGCUGACCACAUAUUUGCUGGAUAUGUGGCUUUUCGACAUCACUACUUAUAAAUGGACACAAGUUGAGUUUCCGCUGACACAUACUCUCCCUGAUGCUAGAUCUGGGCAUUCUUUGAUUCCUCACGCUGAAGGAGCGGUGAUCUAUGGCGGAUACUGUAAAGUGAAAGCGAAGAAAGGCCUUCAAAAGGGAAAAGUACUCACAGAUUCGUGGCUCGUUAAAAUGAAGUCUGAUCCAAAGGCCAUUCGCUUGGAAAGAAGAAGGAAGCAAGGUUUCACGCCGUCUCCGCGGGUGGGAUGCUCCAUGGUACAUCACAAGAAUAGAGGUAUCCUAUUUGGCGGAGUUUAUGAUUUUGAUGAAAGUGAGGACAACCUUGAGUCUCAAUUCUACAAUUCUUUGUUGUCUUACCAAACAGAAACUAACAGAUGGUACAACCUAACCCUCAAGCCAAGAAAGAAGAAGAAGCAAGAGCAAGUGAAGGAAAAAAGUCGUGAUGAGGAUUUGGAAGAAAUUCUUAAUUCCAUCUUGGCAAAGGCCAAGUUAAAUGACGAGGAUGAUGCAGACAUACAAGAAAUCUCCCAGCUUGAGAAACUUAGACAACAGGAGGAGAGAGAAGAGAUAGAGAACGAGAAAAUCGAGUUCCCCGUUAUGAACCAGUUGCCUCAUCCCAGGUUCAAUGCGACAACUUGCGUGGUUGAGGACACAUUGUACAUUUUUGGUGGCGUUUUUGAAAGAGAAGACCAAGAGUUUACUCUAGACUCGAUGUACGCGAUCGAUUUGAACAAGGUAGACGGCGUUAAGGUCAUUUGGGAAGACUUGUCAGAUUUGGAAAAGGAGCACGUCAAUUCAGAUGAGGAUGAUGAUGAUGAUGAUGACGAUGACGAUGAGGAGGAUGAUGAAGAUGAAGAUGACGAAAAUAGAGAAGGCGAGGACGAGGAUGGCGAACCCGAGGAGGAGGUGGAGGAGGUGGAAGAGGAAGAGGAUGAAGAUGCUAUUCCUGAUCCUAGACCAUGGCUUCCACAUCCCAAACCAUUCGAGACUUUGAGGGCAUUCUAUAUACGUACAGGCCCACAAUUCUUGGAGUGGUCGAUCUCCAGUAACAGGGAUGCAAGAGGAAAGUACUUGAAAAAAGCCGCCUUUGAUCUCUGUGAAGAUAGAUUCUGGGAGAGGAGAGAGCAAGUCAGAAUUGCUGAGGACCAAUUGGAGGAAUUGGGAGGCGUUGGUGAAGUUAUUGAGAAGGAUGCUUCAAAUACAACGAAAAGAAGAUGAUUCUUUUCACAGACGAAGAUACAAUCCAUUUAUUUGAAAACAAUUCUCAAACAUGAGAAUCGGCCUCGGUUCUAGUAAUAUAUAUAGUGAGAGAAGAAAAGUUUAUGCAAAAUGGAUGCCCACCUGGUGGAAGGCAUACAAAAGUUUUAAGAAAUCCGUUUGGUCCAUCUUAGCAGCUCUUUGAUCAGAGUAUCCGGUUUCAGUGAGCACCGAUUCUAUCUUCUGUUUGACUACAGCAGUCAAGUCGCCUUUGCUGUCCACUUGCAUGGAGUCGGCAUCUUGUUGGGCCAAAUAUGUUGUGUAGUUUUUCGUGAGAAUCUCGAUAACGUUGUUCGACUUGAACCCAGCGGCUAUGGUCUUGUUUUUUCUCACGAAAACAAUCCGAAGAAGACCGUCCCACUCCUCAAAAUCUACCAGCGGGCGCGGUUGUUUGAUCUCAAU